UUUAUUUUAAAAAUUCUAUUGCUUUGCAUUUUUUUGAUUAUUAUUUGUUUAUAUAUUGAAGUGAUUAUUUAUCAAACAAAUAAAAAAUCUAAAACUAUAUAUACAAACAAAACCCACGUGGUACAAAUUUAAAAUUAUUCUAAAUUUUCUUAUUAUUUAAACAAUGAUAGGAAAAUAUUAGUCAGUAUUUCUGAAAAUAUAUUUAAAAUAAAUAUAAUUUAAAUAAUAAAUACAUUAUAAAAAAAUAAAAAUUGAAAGUAUGUCAUCGAAAAGAAGAUCAAAUGCUUUUAAGUGGGUAAAAUGUGAUAAAUGUGAAUGUCUUAUUAGUACAGAGGAUAAUGAAAAUCAUUUAGAAGAAUGUCCUCCUCCUAGGGAAAAUUGGAAUUACAGAUUUAUACGAAAUGGUGUUUUACAUAGUUUAGUUGAAGUUUACAAUACAAAGGAUAUAACGGAAAAUAUUAAUGAAGCAGAAGCUAAUAAAAUGAUAUUUUUAUCAACUUCCGCUAUGGAAUUUUGUAAUAUUUCUUUAGGAGACGAUGUACUUGUUAUUGGAGACACUAUUGUUGUUAAAACAGCUUUUCAUUCUAAUAAUUCAAAUGUUGUUAGUGUAUCACUAACAAAAAAUGCUAUAGAAUUAGAUAAACUUGGUUCGCAUAUCAAAGUUCAAAAAUUAAAAAUUACUCCACGUCUCGCUAAGGAGAUUUUUAUCGAAUAUUUGGGAAAACAAUCUUUACCUUCUUUUUCAUCUGAAUUUGAAUUAAUGAUUAAAACACACACUGAUAAUAGUAUUUUUUCCAUUAACAAUAAAAUUUGCAUUCCAUUUUACUGUAGAAAAAUAAUAUUUAAAAUUGUCAAAGUAAAAUUCGAUACUGAUUACGAUGAAGAAGAAAAAGUAACGAAAGAUUUAACAAAAAGUUUCGCUUCAUUGAAUAUAUCUGAAGAUAAUUUACAUCUUUAUAAAGCAAAUUAUAAUACAAAAUGGAUUAUUGAAACAAAAGUGAUGGAGGAGAAUACAAAAAGAAAAAAAUUGAAAUUGAAAAAUAUUGGCGGCUAUGGAAAUCUUAUUUCGAAAAUAAAAAAUUUAAUGGACGAUGCUUUGGGAUUAUGUGGUGAAAUUAGUCAAUUUAAUGCAAUAAAAGGUAUUUUACUCUAUGGACCACCGGGAAUUGGCAAAUCAACAAUAGCAAAUACUUUAAUAUCCGAGUAUAAUGUUAAUUCAAUAACAAUAAGUGUUUUAAAUUUAAUUCCCAAAUCUCACGAGGAUACGGAAAUGGUAUUGAAAGAUUAUUUUCAAGAUGCAAUUAUUAAAGCACCGAGUAUAAUUUUAUUAGAAGAUAUUGAUACAAUUUGUCCAAAAAAAAGUACAACAACAACAGAUCAAGAGAGAAAAUUACUUGCAACUUUAAUUAAUCUUUUCGAUGAAUUACGUUAUAAUAAUGCAAAAAUUGCAAUUUUAGCAACAACAUCGAAAUUAGAAUUUAUCGAUAAUUCUCUACGUAGAGCGGGUAGAUUACAAAAAGAAUUUGAAAUAAAUGUUCCCGAUCGUUUAAUGCGAAAGGAUAUUAUUGAAAAAAUUUUAUCAAAUUUUCCAAAUAAAUUAUUUAAUGAAGAUGUGGAAAAUAUUUCAUCGGUGACACAUGGUUUUGUAGCUGCUGAUUUAGAAGGAUUAUGUUCUGAAGCACGUUCAUGUGCAAAAGAACGUUUAUCGAAAACGGAAAAAUUUUCUAAUAUUGAAAUAACAUUCAAGGAUGUUGAAUAUGCUUUGAGAAAUGUUAAUCCAUCGGCAAUGAAAGAGGCAUUAGUUGAAGUACCAAAUGUAAAAUGGUCGGAAAUUGGUGGACAAAAUGAAUUGAAAAUGAAAUUAAAACAAGCCGUUGAAUGGCCAUUGAAAAAUCCGGAAGUUUUUAAACGAAUGGGUAUUGUUCCACCGAAAGGAGUUUUAAUGUUUGGUCCACCUGGUUGUUCGAAAACAAUGAUUGCCAAAGCACUUGCAACUGAGAGUAAUCUCAAUUUUUUGAAUAUUAAUGGUCCUGAAUUGUUUUCAAAAUGGGUGGGUGAUUCCGAAAAGGCAGUGAGGGAUAUUUUUCGCAAAGCAAGACAAGUUGCUCCGUCAAUUAUUUUUAUCGAUGAAAUCGAUGCUCUUGGAGGUGAGAGAGCAUCUUCUUCAAAGAGCAGUGGAAGUAAUGUUCAAGAACGUGUUUUAACUCAACUUUUAACAGAAUUAGAUGGAGUUACAGCUUUAGGAAAUGUUACUUUAGUUGCAGCUACAAAUCGACCUGAUAGACUCGAUAAGGCACUUUUACGUCCAGGAAGGCUUGAUAGAAUAAUUUAUGUUCCACUUCCGGAUGCUGAAACUCGUAGAGAAAUAUUUUCAAUAAAAUUACAAAAAAUGCCAAUUGCUGACGAUAUUAUUAUUCAGGAUUUAGUUGAUAUUACUGAGGGUUAUUCGGGUGCUGAAAUACAAGCAGUUUGUCAUGAAGCGGCAAUGAAUGCAUUGGAAUUAGAUUUAUCAGCGACAAUAAUAACAAAAGAACAUUUUCGAACUGCAUUAUCAGUUGUUAAACCAAGAACAUCUGUGUCAUUAAUUAAAAUGUAUGAUAAUUAUUCAGCAAAUGAUUUACAAAAGCAGUGACAAUUUUUAUUAUGAUUGACAAUUGUGAUAUUUUUUGUUAUAUACACAAAUUUUGUGUUUAUUUUAUAGAAAAAAAAUAAAUUAUAUUUUAAAUUUA